AAUGUUGCUUCAGUUUCUCCGCGUUCUAAUACCGCGUAAGAAGCUUUUGACCAUAGAUAAAGACAACUAGGCUUUUGACUUGCAACCUUGAGUUUCAUUGACUGCAAAAAGCCUAUUUGAGAUGGUUAUUUGCAAAAUCUGGCACCGACGUAUAGGGGGUGAAAAGUGACAGUGACAGCCAACUAGAAGCUAGCCUAAAAAACUAUAAAAUUUUGGUGGAGCCGCUGAUUGCCGUUACUACUUCUAGCUUUAAAAAUUACAUAACUCUACUAUUGUUGUUGAUUAACGGUUAAAUAGAUUAACUGGUUGAUGCAAAUUCUCCUUGCCCGUCUGGAGUGGUACCUUAGUGGCAGUUAACCUUGCUCUUGUAACUUCGCCAUCAGUUCCCACGGGGUCAAUUAAGGCCGGCUUUAUCCACCUUUCGGCGGCGACUUCACAAUAUUAAUGGCUGGAAAGCGGAGCGCCUCCAACGAUUUGAAUCACGACAACUGGAACCAGGAAGAUGAACCGGAGGAACGGGGCACAUUCCAAAAGGCUUCGGACAAUGCCUUGAAAAGCCGUAUAAUUAAAACUGCCAGAAGGCGAAACCCCAUUCAUAGUGAAGAUGGUGAAACCACUAGCGCCUUUGGAAGCUUUUCCGGCUUCUCAACCAAGCCAGUUAGUGCAGACUUUUCAUUCCUCAAAGAUGUUAUCAACCCGCACGAAGCGACUAAGACAAACGGCGUUGGCAAAGCCGAAAGUACGACUAAAUCAGAACCAAGUGCAUCAUUUUCACAAACUUUAACGGGAAGUAUUUUCGGUGCUUCGACCCCUUCUAACCGUGCAAAUAUAUUUGGCGCUAGUACAACCGCUUCAAGUAACACAUCAGUUCCUAUCUCCCCAAUCGGUAGCAAAAAAUCUGAAAAAUACUGCUCCAAAUUGAAAGGUUUGAACGAGAGCGUAUCUAAGUGGAUAGCAAAGAAAGUGGAAGAAAAUCCGCUGAUUAGUUUACAGCCGAUCUUCAAAGACUACGACCGGUAUUUGGAGGAUAUUGAAAAAGAGGAAAGCGAAAAGACGGCCAGUACCGUAGCACCAGCACUAAAAGCUAAUACUGCAGAUGAACAAAGCGCUAAGAAAACUUCGGACGAUCCACUGAAACAAGAACAAACUACAACCAUUCCAACGUUUAAAUUCGGGGCUUCUAGCACAGCGGUCAGUUCCACUGGACCAACCUUCACUUUUGGGUCCGCCGCCAAUGCUUCCGGCAGCACAAAAUCCUUUUCAUUUGGUUCAACCACCACCAACUUAACUUCGUCGAUUUCGUUUGGAAGCAGCAAUCCAUCAACAGGCUUUACAUUUAAUCCUUCUGCUGCGGGAAGUGGUUUGGGAGAUGGACCCAAAACUGAGACAGAUAAAUCAAAAGAAAAUGACGAAGACGCUGAAGAUGAGCCCCCAAAAGUGGAAUUCAAGGCAGUGGUCGAAAGCGAUUCAGUCUACUCAACCAGGUGCAAAGUUUUCGUUAAAAAAGGCGAGAACUUCGGAGAUAGAGGAGUAGGAAACUUGUAUUUAAAACCCAUUGAAGGCAGUGGCAAGUUCCAACUUGUUGUCAGAGCGGACACGAAUCUAGGCAACUUAUUGCUGAACUUUAUACUUUCCGAAAGCGUGCCCACAAAACGAUUGGGUAAGAAAGAUGUUAUGGUUGUGGCCAUUCCUACUCCAGAUGCACAGCCGCCGCCCACCCCGGUGCUUCUACGGGUAAAAACGCCUGAAGACGCCGACAAAUUGCUGGAGGUGUUGGAGGAACAUAAAAAGUAGCUGUAUAAGAGAUAACGUGGUAAUAAAUGAAGGUUUUAGAUAAG